AUGGAGGAUGCUUUGCAAUUUGAGCUUGUGUAUGGAUUGAUGGAUGCAGAUAACAACCUGUUGGCGAACAAUGGAGCUAAACUGUUUAAGCUCACCUUCAGGAAAACUUACCCAAGGGCCGGAGAGGAGCAAUACAGGAGGAUAAUCUUUUUGAAAAACAAGGCCGAAAUUGAAGAACACAACUCAGAUCCCACCCAAACCUACACCCAAGGAGUUAACCAGUUCACUGAUUACACUACGGCUGAACUUGAUGCCAUCUAUGCCGACCUCAGGAUCCCCUACGCCUCCAAAGACAUCCAAAUCAAGGAAGAACCUAUCAGACGUGGAGUCAACAUCGACUGGGCUGAAGCCGGCAAGGACUACCCAUACACUGCAAAGAGUGAAAAAUGCAAGACCAACGUUCCCGGCACCACUUGGACCAUUUCAAGCUACACUGAUUCCUCCAAAUGCGAUGAUUUGCUCAACGCCAUUUCUCUUGGUCCGGUGGCUGUGGCUGUUGACUUCUCAGGCCUCUACGGCUACAAAUCCGGAAUCGUGACCAAAUGUGGUACUACUCCAUCCAGUGGAUCUUUGUUGGUGGGCGUGACUGAUGAUUACUGGAGAUUGAAGCAAUCCUUCUCUGUUAACUGGGGCGAGAGUGGCUAUUUCAGGCUGGCAAGAGGAAACACCUGUGCUGUUUGCUCAAUAGCAUCCUAUCCAACCAUAUGA